AGUCGGAGGAUGGGGAUUUUUUUUCCCAUUCAUCCACGUCCCCUUUUCCCUCCUCCUUCUCUCAAACAAGCCAGUCGGUCUGUCAAUGUGCUGCGAGCAUUAGGGCAAGUCAAAGCAGUGGGAUUCUGAGGCAGAGAGACGGAUGAGAUAACGAAUGAAGCGCUUUGCUCUGGCCGAGAAGCGACGCGUCCAGUUCUCCAAAUGAUGCGCUGCAUCAGAUAGGCGUCAAUUUCCAACCGGGGCUCAAGCUCUCAACUCCAUUCUUAUUUCUGUUUUUUUUUUAAUCACUUCACAAGUUUCACGUUGGCCUUUGUGCGACGUUAUUAGAGUGGGGAUGCUUUUCUAGCGCUUUGGGUUGUUUCUCUCAGUUUUCUUGUGUUGUAGCCUGAAUUUAUUCUUGGACUUAUUAUCAAUUUGGAUCCUGAUUUCUUUGGGGGUUUUUUUUAAUUUUCAACGAAUCCGUUGCCGAAGGAUUCGCGGAUUUGCGGAUUUACAACCCGUGUUCAACCAGUGUAUUUUACAAAAGGGAGAAUAAGGAUUGUAAUGCGCAUUGACUAAACCCGCCGAGCAUCAACAUGUCUUUAUGAGGAUGGAGCUGUGGACACGAGUGGCAUCUUUUCCAUUUUAAACGCUUUGCCUUCACAGUUUCGGCCUGAUCUCGGCUGUUUCCCUCCUCACAGACGGACAAUAUUUCCUCUCAGUUCCAGCCUGAUAUGUUGGAAGGUGGAUCUUCUUGCGAGAAAACAAGGUAAUGGGAGAGAAAUCACACAGAGUCUGCACAGUGAACAAGGGAACAUUGUUCGGUAAAAGACAAUUAGGGCGCACCGAAAGGCAACAGAAAUAGCUCUUUGGGUGGCGAUACAUUUCAGAGAAUUCGAUUCAGUGGAGUUAUAUUCGAGCCGAGGAGCAUCGCUUUGGAAAAACGAGGACUAAUGACAAAUUAAUGGGAAAGUCAUGGGAUUGGCACUGAAAUAGUACGAUCGUGGACGCGCACAAAAGCCGUCGUUUUUGGAGAGCCAGACGCACGGAUCGAACAAGUUUCUCCUGCACAUUUCAGUCCGGUUUUGGUUUGAUCCAGUACAAUUUGCUAAAAUUGUGGAUCCAUGAGGUUGUACACAGCGGGCUUUCACUCCACACUUUGACUGCCUCUACCUAUAGCCUGAUCGGCUGCAGUCGCACAUCCAUUGUUUUGAGAGUCUCCCUGCAAACAGCAUUGAAAAACCCAAGAAAAUAUCGCCCAUUUCUUUUAAAUGGGGCUGCAUAUGCUGGGUGUCAGGGUUGAAAUGGCGUGUCGUGGAAGUGGGAAUGGAUUGGGGAUCCUGCUGAUAUUCUUACUGGAUUUACUGGGGUCGACGGCCAGCAAUAUGGAGCCCAUCUACUGGAAUUCCCUGAACGAAAGGUUCAGGGACGAUAAGGGCUACGUUCUGUACCCUCAGAUCGGGGACCGGCUGGACCUCAUCUGCCCACCUCUGGACACCGCCAGGUCCACCCCAGAAUACGAGUUCUACAAGCUCUACCUGGUGUCGUCACGGGAACAGGCGGACCGCUGCGAGGUGACCGGCCCGCCCAACAUUGUGCUGACCUGCGACGAGCCCACCCGCGAACGUCGCUUCACCAUCAAGUUCCAGGAGUUCUCGCCCAACCUCUGGGGCCACGAGUUCAAGAGCCUGCAUGACUACUACAUCAUCGCUACGUCAGAUGGGACACGUCAAGGUCUGGAUAGCAUGAGAGGCGGAGUGUGUGCCACGCAAGGCAUGAAGGUGGUGCUGAAAGUGGGGCAGAGUCCAUAUGGGCUGCCUCCGAAGAAGGACCCGCCAGCGGGACGCACCACCAACAGAAACCCAGGCGGUGCAGGGAACUCCACCCAGUCUCGAGGACCCAACAGCUUCGGGGGCGAGGGCGGGGGCGAGAAUGGACCCCUUCAGCCCUCCAACAUCGCCCUCAUCGCCGGCGCCGCUGGAGGCUCCGCCUUCCUCCUGCUGGUGACGGCUGUGAUCUGCGUGGUGUGCUACAGGCGGCGACACGCCAAGCACUCGGACACCCACCACCCUCCGCUGUCGCUGUCGUCGCUCACCAGCCCCAAGAGGGGAGGGGGCGGGGGUAUCUCCAGCUCCAACAACAACGGUUCUGAGCCCAGCGACAUCAUCAUCCCCCUGCGGACGUCGGACUCAGCCUACUGCCCGCACUACGAGAAGGUGAGCGGAGACUACGGACACCCCGUCUACAUCGUCCAGGAGAUGCCGCCUCAGAGCCCGGCCAACAUCUACUACAAAGUAUGAGACGGCUGCUGCUCCAGCCGACUGGACACAUCCACCUCCCUCUACCCAUUACCAACCAAUCCCCUGCUCCAGCAAAGCUCGCCAUCACAGCUCCGACCCUGAACCCCUCAAUACUACCAGUAUUGUCCCAUGGACCCCCCUCUCAAUGCCCCGUGAGCCCGGUCACAGUUGUGUUCCUAGCUGAAUAAACCACCCCACCCCAUACUCACACAACUGGGCCACCGAGUGUGUGUUAAGGGCAAUGUCGUAUUCGUACAUAGCCCUUCUUAACAAGGCCCUCAUGAACGGGCAAGAGCCUCUGAGUGUCCCCUUCUUAUUAACUCAGAGCUAAACGAGCCCCACCCGUGCUGAAUUGAAGAGUCGUCCCCGUAACGCUAGUAUGUGCGUGUGUGGCAACACACUUUAUUUCUAGGAGUAUGGACCUGGCGUUGGGACUUGAGAUGUUUUACAAAAGAAAAAAAGAGAAAGAAAAGGACUACAACUUAAAAAAAAAAACUACACCCCUGAUCCCACUUAUCGCCGGAGAACUCUGAUUCCCAGAGGCCAUACCUGCCUAGCUCACCGCCCCGCCCCUCAGAGCUCCAUCAGCCAACCAGAGACCAGCCCCUGCCACUAACUCACCAAUAGGAUUCUAGUUUGUUUGUGUUUGUUUCUCCUGAGAAAACAUGGGGGCCUCGGACUCACCCAAUCAGCAAGCCCGGGCGGCGGUCACAUGACCAGGCCCAGGCCUGAGGAGGUCUGACCAAUCGGUGACACUCAGAAUCUUGUAUAUUUUAAUAAUGUGUGUGUGUGACUGUGCGAGUGUGCAUACGACUUGGGUAAUAAUUAUGGCGCUGCUGCUCCACAUUAGACGUGUGUGUGCAGUUAGUGUGCUUCAGUACAGCAAGUUUGCAUAUGAGUUUGCAUAUGCGUGCGUGGGGUUUAGUUUGCGUGUGUGUGUACGCUUUGUGUGUGAGUGAUUGUGCGUACGUGUGCGUUCUUUAGACUUGUCUUAAAUACCAAAACACAAAAUAGUGAGCGAAUAUCAAAAAAGUGAGAUUUUUUAUCGCUAUCAACACUUAUAGAUUAUAUAUAUGAAUAUCCAGUAAAUAAUUUCUAGAUGUUUUUUUUCUGUUUUCUAUUGUUUGAUUAUUUUUACCCACUCUGUUAAACUACACUUCUGUUGCUAGACAUUUUUUAUCUGCUGUUUUUGUUUUUCACAACUUAGAAUGACCUUGUUUCCUUCCUUUUUCCCUUUGCAUUGUAUAUUAAUUUAAUCCCUUUUUUAA